AUGGCAUCUACUACCCAGCCGGCACCAAAGGCGAUCGCAUGGUACUACCACACCGUCGACCCUAAUUAUGGAUCGCCGCAGGAAGGUAGCAACCACGUCUUCGUCCCAUCGCAAUCGACGACCAGCGGCAACAACCAAUUCCCCCUCGAUUUUCUCCCCGGCGGUACUGACGGUGGCUGGGAGAUCGCAGAUAGCCGCGGCAGCCUCCUCCUCCUCCUCUACCGCGGCGUCAAGUUCCCCAACAUCUUCAACGCCAAAGCUGCCGCAAAACCAGGACUCGUCGUUUGCGAGCCGAUGACACGGCAAUACAAGGAAGUCCCCUGCCGGCCGGAAGAUCUGAAAGGCCGCCACAGGUGCCUCGGCCUGUUCCUGCUCGAUGGCGACAAAACCAGACGGUUUUUCGUCGGCGGCGGCGGCGGCAUUAACUUGUCCAACUUUAAAAUCAUGGCGGCCCUGCUCCGGCCGCACUCCUACAGUUCCAGCCGUGGCGUGCCAGUGGCCUGCAUGUUCUCCACGGAGAGCAAGGUGAAGGCCGCGUGGAGUAGCAGUGUCUUCUCCGUAUUCUCUGUGGGGAGCGAGGUGACGAAGGGCGCCUGGAGGAGCAGCGUCUUCUCCGUCGGAAGCGACUGGCACGUCGUGAAGAGGGCCUGGGGCAACGAGGAGAUCCACGUUCCCAGCACGGUCGAGUCCUUCUACUUCGCCGGCCGCGCGUGUGGCUCCCUCUACUGGGGCAUCGAAGGCACCGGCGCCGCGGCGCUCGUUCUCGACGAGGCCACCGCGGGGUUCUCGAUGGUCACGCUGCCGGAGGCCACACUCGGAUCGCACGGAAGAUGCAGCUUCCGGGUCAUCGGCGGAGGACAGGAGGACGGCGUGCUGCGCGUCGUCCGCGUGAUUGACAACGACCUCAAGGUCUUCGCUCGGAUCCAUGGCAGUGACGACAAGUGGGUGGUGGAGCGUCUUGUGCGGCUGCGGGAGGCCACCCGCGGGCUGCCUGGCCGCGAGGACGGCUAUUUCCAGGAGGAGGCAGUUAUUGUGGACGCGCACCACACGCACGUCCUCUUGACACCACGGGAGAAUACGUGGCUCUUCUCCGUCGUGCUCCAGACUAUGGAGGUCGACCGCGGGCAUGACAGGAACAAGUACGCAGGGCCGGCGUAUCCAUGGGAGCUGCCACCGCCAGUGCAAAAGCUGCGGUCACCGAUCUCCCGACUCUUCUCUUGCAUUGAGAGCUAG